AUGCCCUCUUCGGAUCCGCUCGCAGUAGACGAAGUUACAAUUUGGCUCAAUGGUGGGCCUGGUUGCAGUUCGCUCGAGGGCCUGUUUCAGGAAAAUGGCCCCUUUAUCCAUCAAUAUGGAACUUUUGCUCCUGUGCGGAACAUGUGGAGUUGGACGAAUCUUACGAAUAUGAUCUGGGUUGAACAGCCUGUUGGGACCGGUUUCACGCAAGGAAGUCCAAACAUUACGAAUCAGGAAGAACUUGCGGCACAAUUUUUGGACUUCUUCAAGAAUUUCCUUGAUAUCUUUGGGCUUCACAGGAAAAAGAUCUACUUGACUGGUGAGAGCUAUGCUGGGAAAUAUAUACCCUACAUUGCAGACGCAAUGUUUAAAGAAAACGAUACAAAAUACUUCGACGUUCAAGGCACUCUCAUCUAUGAUCCUUCCAUUAAUGUUGAUGAAAUUAUGGUGAGUGUACCCGCCGUGCCUUUCGUCGACAAAUGGAGUGGCUUAUUCCCUUUCAAUUCCUCUUUCAGCAAAGAAAUACACUCCCUCGCCGACUACUGCGGCUAUACCUCAUAUCUAAAUCAGUAUCUCGUCUACCCACCAAACGGCAAACUUCCCCUACCAUCCCCUAAUGUGUCUUGUAAUAUCGCCUCCUCCAUACGGAAUGCCAUAUCCUAUAUCAACCCUUGCUUCAACGCCUAUCAUGUAGCGACAACCUGCCCUGUUUUAUGGGACCCCCUGGGAUUCCCCGGUAGCUUCCAGUAUGUCCCCGACGGCGCACAAAUCUACUUCAACCGUUCCGAUGUGCAACAGGCCAUCAACGCCCCCUUGACCUCCUGGUCAGAAUGCUCGCGUGGAAGUGAUCCAGUUUUUAUUAAUGGAACCGAUACGUCACCGCCACCUUCUUACAGUGUUCUACCAUCCGUCAUCGAACAGUCAAAACGCACUAUUAUUGCUCAUGGAGAUCUGGAUUUCAUACUUAUGGCCCAGGGGACUUUGCUAACUAUCCAGAAUAUGACUUGGCAUGGUUCUCAGGGAUUUACUGCUGAACCGACAGAUCCUCUUUUCGUCCCUUAUCAUACUGGCGAUCCCGUAUCGUCUCUGGCGGGGGCAGGUGUCAUGGGUAAACAUAGGACGGAAAGGGGCCUUACGUAUGCGGAACUGUUUUUGACGGGACAUAUGGGACCCCAAUAUAGUCCUGCUGCAUCGUACCGGCUUGUUGAAUAUUUGCUCGGGAGGAUUGAUGAUUUGUCGUCAUGA